GCCCUGCCAAUCUUCCAUAUUCUCGCCCCGUCAAAGACAAUCCCGGUCAUCACCUUGGCAAACGAGUCAAACCAGUGCAAUCACACUCUGUUCUCAUGAACCACUCGUCGACUGGCUUUCUUCCUCCCCGCACUAUAUAGCGUAGACAUCGUGCAUCGAAGCCAAAUUAAGAUCGACAGCUGAAUUGGAGCUAUCGCCAUGGAGAGCUCAGCGAGACCAGAGCGGAAGACCAUCGAGAAGAACCGGAGAAUCUAUAUGAAAGCUCUCUACUCACAGCUCGUCUCCCUCCUCUCCACACCGUCCUCCAGGGAGGGGACGACGGAGGCAGCACUGACUCUGCCGGAGAAACUGGAUAAGGCCAUAGACUACAUAAAGGAGAAACAGGGGAAGCUGGAGAACAUGAGGAAGAGGAAGAGGCAUCUGAGUGGGGCAAGUGGAAGGGAAGAGGCUAGUGGCUCAGGUGAAUAUCUGCCCAAGAUUGAGGUCCAGGAAUUGAGGACGAAUCUGAAUUCCGGGUUGAGAGUGGUGAUAGUGAGCAGCCCAUGGGAGCAUCAGGAGGUCUUCUGGGAGGCCAUCCGAGUGAUGGAAGUGGAAGGCUUUGAGGUGGCCAAUGCAAGCUACACAGUGACAGGAGACAAAGCUUUCCACAUAGUUCAGUGUAUGGCCACUGAGUUCAGAACUGGAGUAGAGGCUGGCAGAGUGUUGGAGAAACUACAAAAGGCAAUUCUCCAAGUCUGAUGAACCUAGUGUUUUUUUCUACUUUUUAAUCAUUCACAUACGUAUGAGCGUGUAACGAUUUCGAGUCUCCCAAAUUUCUGUACGCAUUUCCAUUUCCAGUAUUUGAUUCAUUUAGCUGAUGGUGAAAGGAAAGGUAGCCAGCCAGAAGAAGACUCCAAAGUUGGGCGUUGGAAUUUAGAAAUUGGCAUGAGAUUCUCAUGCAGGUCCAGGUCCAGAUGCUAGUUCGUGAUGUUAGUUGCCUUUUGUUUUAUUCUUUCGAGUCUGCAGGUGAGGGAGGAGGGGAAAAGGCAAGGCUUGCACUGUUGCACACUGCACGGCAACCUUUGACUAGAGAAAAAGUACCUAGACGUCUUCAUUUGGGAUCUUUCUUCUUUAAUAAAUGUUCACCAACGCUUUAUUAUUUGUUAA